GACGGGUGCCAAAUCCCACUCACACUGCCACUGCCACUCGGCCACUCACUCACCCGCACUCGCACUCUCACAGCUGAAUGCAAACGCUUCGUCACGGCAUGUCAGAAUUCUCUCCCCUCUCGCUCUCGAGUUGCUACUCCGCUCUCUCGCUCACUCCCUCCUUCUCACUCUCUCUGUCUCUGUCUCUUUUUUUGGUUGGUUGCUUGCUUAAUCCGAUUCUGUUGAUUCUGGCUCAUGUGAGUGUUGUUAGUUGCACGCUGGAGCGGGAUUGUACCUCGCGGUAUCCUUCUUCUAAACUUCUUAGACGUGGCGGAGUCGGGCAAUGUGUGUCUGCUUCGCGGGGGUGUUGGAAUUGAUGAGUUGCGAAAUGUAAUGUUUCGUUUGUGGUGCUGGCUCGCCGAUGCGCAAUUGGAGGUAGGGGAGUAAUCGAGUGGUGCGGGUUGAGUAGAGCGUAUUGGAUAUUUGUUUUCUUGGAUUUUUCGUCGUUUUUAUUUAUUUUCUUUUUCUUCUAGGUUGUUGAUUUUCAUUGUUGUUGUUGUUGUUGAGCUUCUGAGUGAAUGAGUGUAGAUGAGGAGGUUGUGUUGAUUUUGUAGCGUGGUAGUCGGUCUUCGAUCUCUUGUUCAAUUGGUUGCAGGGUUCUUGUGCAGGUGGAGAUGAGGUAGCGAUGUUUUCUUCUACUUCUUCUUCUUCUUCGUCUUCGUCGCAUGAGGCUCAUACUGGUUAGUUAGUGUUUGAUUUCGUUAGGUUUACUGGCUAUGUGAGCAGCCGUGUUGUCUCGAGGAGUCAGGUUCGGAGGAUCUCCAGCUCACUGCUGGAACGUGCGGACACACGUCCGUGUUGAGAUUCAGCUCCACGGAACAAAAAAUAUCAGAGGUUGGGUGUAGUCUACAGACUCUAGUGGCAAUCGCGGCCAAGUUUCGUCGCGUUGCCAAGCUCCAGUGAAUAAUGCUCCGUUGAAAUUUGGGGUUCACGCGCCGCUGAUACUUCUAGUUCACCGUCGUCGGGGUCAGAACCGAUGUCGCUCUUCUCGGGUCCAUUUCCGCGUCAGCCUGGUUGUGUAAAUUUAGCCUUUGGCUGCAAGAUUUUCACGCUCCGCUUAGUAACAUCAUAUAGUAGCCCUGGCUUUUGCGGGAGAAAAGGGUUGGACCUACCUUUGACCCGACUUCCUGCCCCGGGCAAGUCCUUGGUGUCCGUAAGCAACUGCGGCACACUUGGUCCCAGCCUGGUUGCAUCAGCGCUCGUCACCCAUGAUGACUCACCUGGGCGAGCGUCACUCAUCAAGUGUACCGAAAAUUGGUUGGAAGUUUUCGUUCGGGGGUUGAAUGUUUUUUACUUCGCAGCUGGAGCUCUCGUUGCGUGGGGCGUUCGUGUAGGAUAACGGGGCUCGGUACUAUGAGGAGCAUGGCGACGGUCGGGGACUUGUAGUCGGUCAGGCUGUUGUUCUGUACUCGUAGUGAGUAAUUGACGCAGGGCUCGUCCCAGUGGCAUGUCACAAGCUUCCCUUGUUCCAUUGUGCGCCGUGUGCGAACUGAUUAAACGAGUUUAGGGUGUACAGUCAUGCUUCCCAACAGUGUACGACAAAGGCUGUGAGUAGCUGUCACCCUAUAACACAUUCCCUCUGAGCCCCUGACAUGGAAGCCAGGGACGGAAGCGUUCCCAAUUGCUGUGGCAAGGAGCUGCUGGUGGAGGGGUCAUCCGCUCAGAAACGGUCGUUUGGCGCUGGCAUAGUCUUGCUGAUUGUUGGUACCAUUUCGUUUCAUUUAAGGAGCACGAUCAUGUACUGCUAGGAAUGUGGCCAUGUCGUUGAUGCUCAGGAGCUCGCGGUUGGUCAGAGCUGGGCCUGUUCGGGAACAGUAGCCGUGGAGCUUCGUCGUCGAGGUUCAAGAUGCGAAGCUUGAGCUUCUGAGUUUUAGUGCUGAGAGAUGCUGUUGGUUUGUACAAAAGCGUCGGUUGGGUUUCGGUUGUGUACGUUAUGCAUGGAGAUUGCGACAGCAGCCUAGGUCAUCGAAAGUAGAGGAUAAGGAUUGCCCCACUGCAAGAUGGAUGUCGUUAGAAUAUGUUUUUCCAGAGCAAUGAUCUCCAUUGCGCUUUACGAUCCAAUUAAUAAUCAUAAUAACAAUAAAAAUAGUAAUAGCGAUUUCCUACGAUUUCUUGUGUCGCGUGCGCCGAGUGGAUUCCUCCGAUGAUUUCCCUUUAUCGAGUCGCAUCUCAUGCAUCUGCUGAAGGCGACGGAAAGAGUCUUUCGACUGGUGCCAUUUUCAUUGAAUUAGGAUUCACUGAGAGUUCCUCGUAAUUGCCCUCACAACUCAGAACCAGCGUUUGCAGUCCAGAGAUAUUUGAAUUCCAUAGAAUGUCAAUGGAAGAGUUCAGCAAUACUGACCUUAUACCUGGAGAUCCCUUCUCUGCUGAAGGCGCAAUUUAGAAGUCAUGAACAUGUUGGCUGGUCAGAACCCGAAAUUCGUGAAGCUGAAAUUGUGACUGUGUGUGCAGCAGUUCAGUCAGUGCUGCUUGCGAUUCAAGCUUGACGGGUUAGUAGGAUUCCGGCAUCUACUCACCCCCUUCCAGUUCCCACAUAUUGUCGACGGUCAGCACCGACUGUUGAUGUAUUUCCGAGUUCUUCAUGGUGUCUAGUGUACCCACAUUGUGACUAAGGCAGCCGUGAGCUUUAGCACAUCGUGAUGCGGGAGUGCAAAAGACAUCCAUCGGAAUCUCAGCCGUGUGGUGGUGUGUGUGCCCGCUGCUUAGAGGAGAGGCUGAUAUGGCUGUGGAGAGGAGAGAGCUUCCGUCUCGAUGAUCCAGACCAGAUUUCGGAGACAUCGGUGAGCGUCUCGGACGACCCAGUUCCUGCUCGUUCUAAUGCUCGCCCGCUAGUCCCACGUGAAGAUGUUGGUUCCGUAGCAGCACUGAACACCAGGAAACAGCUGCAACUGAAUGAGGUAUCGAGGCCACCCGUUUCGAUCGGUGUCAAUGUGAAUCAGAGAAACGGCAGUGACACUGUGGACGGAAGCAAACAGCAACUCGACGGCAAUAUAGGUCCUACCAACUCGCGCAAUUUGAAGGUCGCGAUGGUAGGAUCGACGGAUUUGCAUGCCCAACGGCGGAGGAAUUUAGAGAAUGGACUUGAAUUCGAGCUGGCUUUCUCGAAAGACUCUCCGAGGGCCUUCCCGAAGUUGAAGAGUAAGAAUUUUGAAUCAAUCGACUCUACAGAGCCUUCUUAUCCUUCCAGUAAUUUCAACAUCGGCAUCGAGGACAUUGUAGCUCGUUUGUCCGUCGAGGCUAAUCCUCGGUUUAACACCCUCGUGGAUGAGCCUAGAAUGUUUCGCUCGCGGUCGUUGCCUUUGGACAGCAGGUCCCGCACCGAAGACACAGGUCUGAGAGUAAUCAACGAGCAGGCUGAUGACAUAUACUUCGAAGACAGGUCGCGGUCGUUACCUCUAGACACUCGAUCCAGAGCUGAGGACACAGCUCUGAGGGUAAUCAACGAACAGGCGGGAGACGCAUGCUUCGAAGAGAAAAUGCAAAGAUUUGGUUACUACGGCAUCGAUCGGGAUGGUAAUGGCGGCGGAGAGAGCUUGAAUGACAACUUGGCGGAGCAAGGGUGCUUCAGCCCGAAAUGGCAAAGCAAGAAGAGCCCCAAAUGGGUGAAGGUCCUGGUUAGCCCCAUGACAUCGAGAAAUCGCGUCUUUCCGAGCCGAUCUAAGGACGAUGUGAGGAGAGGAAGGGGCUCAAGGAAACGGGGGACGAGAUUUGCUUCAUCCGAUUGGAGCCACAAGGAAGCAAACGGCGGAAUGUCACCGCAACAGCGGAGCCCAGUGUUUUCAUGGUUACAGGGUCCAGGGACGAAGAAUCCGAGAAGACACGACCAAAGAGGCCAACUCGCAUCGUCGUCUUCCUCGUCUCUAUCAAAUUCCGUGAGCACAGAUUCAUGGCUGAGGGAUCUCACCACCGUGGGCCACUUGCACGAGAUCGCUGAGGAGCUGGAGAUCGAGGAGGAGUCUAGCGAGGAGGAGGAGGAGGAAGAAGAAGCGCAGGAUCAAUUAGACGAAAUGGCGUCCUUCGGCAAGUUCCUUGUGAGCGCUGCGCGGAGACAACCCAACGCGGGGCUCACGAGGCUUGUGAGUGCCACCACGCCUUCGGUCCCAUGCCACCAAAGCUGACGUGGUUCCUUCCCGCCCUUUCUCGAACCCUCGCUGUCCAGCUGGCGGUUCCACGUAUCUACCUCUUGCCUGAUUGUGCUGGCUCCAUACCGUGGCUGUGGCACUUGUAACAUAUAUCAGAUUGCAACUGAUGGUGAUCUUCCCCAAUUUUAAUUACUUUAUUCUUUCCCCACUUACUCUUUUUGUUUUUACUCUUCUCAUAUUAAAGUGCCUUUGUGAGUCAUGGCAUUCUUACGAUGGAAUAAUUGGAGGGAAUAUCAAAAAGAAAAUGAAAAGAAAAAUUCUUGCUAUUUUUUUUGGAGUUGCAUAGUUUCUAGAGCAGAAAUAUAUGGACAUGGCUCAUCUUGCAUUGCCAAAUCUGUUCAGAAUUUCUGAACUUGCCUUUCGUAAAUAUUGUUUUGUUUUAAUGUUUGACAA